AAAAUGUGGCUUCCAUGUCUUUUUAAAAACUAGCUUAAUGUUUACCACAGCUCUCCUGACCUGCCUUAUGUUUGUUCAGUCAGAAGUAUGAAAGAAAGGGAGGAGUAGCUGAUCUGUCAGGUUUUACACAGCAGGUACAGUACUUGGGUUAGAAAUAAGUAUAGAUUGUGCUUCUUAUAUCAAUGAUUUGCAAUUCAAUUGUUGCAAAUUGAACUCUUAAGCAAUUAAAUGCCACAUUCAUUUGUAAAAUAUGUGCUCCCUGUAAGACUGACAUGCAGCUUCGAUCUGUACACUUUGACCAUCUAAGUAUCUUCUUAUUUUUGGGAAUAGUGUAAAUUAAAGAGCAUAUCCAAAUGAAUUUAGUUAUUUAAAUACCAUCUGCUGUUCCUAAACUUGGCCUCUCAGGAGGUAAAUGCAUUACUUCAUUUCCUUGUGGAAAUAUAACUUGUCUGUAUCUCCUUUAUAGGUAGUGUGGUGUAGCUAUCAUAUGAUGACUUUUAGCUAAACUUAGAUGGGGGUUAUCUUUCAGUAUUUAAAGAACUUUAGUUUGGUUUGCGAUCCUGGUAGCUUUUACUCCUUGCUGAUAAUUCUCUAUUUUUAUAUGUGGAAAUUCAGUAUGAUGGCAGCAGAAAAAGAGGAAGGUGUUCUGAGUGGAGAAGAUGACAAAGAACAGAAAGAUCCCUAUUUUGUGGAAACUCCUUAUGGCUACCAGUUAGACUUGGAUUUUCUCAAGUAUGUGGAUGAUAUACAAAAGGGAAACACGAUUAAGAAAUUAAAUAUCCAGAAGAAGAGGAAACUAGUACCAACUUUUACAGGUACCAAGAACUCCAGUGGCCAAUACAGUAGGUGGACCUCAACAGAGUCUCUCUCUUCGUCAAACAGUGAUGAGAAUAAGCAGUCCUCCUUUGCAGCGAGGAAUCAAGUAGCAUCAUCUGUCACUGCAAGGCCAUCAGUUUCCUUUGAAGCCUCUCCUACCUUCUUAACCAUUCCUGAGAGCAGACAACUUCCCCCUCCUUCACCACAGCUUCCUAGGCACAAUCUUCAUGUAACAAAAACUCUCAUGGAAACCCGGAGAAGACUUGAACAGGAGAAGGUUAUAAUGCAGGUGACUCCAGGGGAUGUCCGCAGGCCCAGGCUUUCCAGCUUUGGAGGCUUGGGCUCAGCAAGCUCCCUUCCUUCCUUUGUAGGAUCUAGUGGGCACAAUCAGAUGUCUCAACAGCUUCAAAAUGGGUACCAGGGUAAUGGAGACUAUAAUGUCUAUCUUGCUUCCUCUUUGGGCAGCUCCAUCCGUCAUAGCCCAUUGAGUUCAGGAAUAUCAACCCCUGUGACCAAUGUGAGCCCAGUGCAUCUGCAGCAUAUCAGGGAACAAAUGGCAGUUGCCCUCAAACGCCUCAAGGAGCUUGAGGAACAAGUCAAAACUAUUCCUGUGCUCCAGGUCAAGAUUUCAGUAUUACAGGAAGAGAAAAGACAGAUGAUGGCGGAACUCAAAAGCCAAAGAAUACCCAAUCAAAAUGACACUUACGGCUUCAGAAAGCGAUCUUAUAGUGCUGGAAAUGCAGAACAAUGGGGACAUCUGUCUCAGGUCAGAAGAGGAGGUGAAUUAUAUAUAGACUGUGAGGAAGAAGUGGAGCAGAACUCACAGAGGACAGAAGAGUUUAGGCAAUUGACUUUUGAAAUGCAAGCAUUAGAGAGAAAAAUCCAGGACAGCAGCUAUGAAAUCCCAUCUAAUCUUCGGACGAACAGAGAAAAUCUAACAAAAGAAAGCAGGUCGGUUGCUGUGGGUGCUGAUGAAAAUAUGAAUGAUGUGGUUAUAUAUAACAGGUAUUCCCGACCAUGCACGGAGGUAGCAGUAGGAACAGAGAAAGAAACUAGAGAUUCUGGGGUUGGGGUGACAGAGGUGAUGCUUGGCAUCACCACAGAAGCUGAAAAAGAAAUAGAGCUUCAGCAACAGACCAUUGAAGCCCUGAAGGGGAAGAUCUACAGACUGGAAGUUCAAUUAAAAGAAACUACUCAUGAUAGGGAAAUGACCAAAUUAAAACAAGAGCUGCAGGCAGCUGGAUCUAGGAAAAAAAUGGAUAAAGCAUUGAUGGCUCAACCUCUGGUUUUCAGCAGAAUGGUGGAAGCUGUCGUACAAACAAGAGACCAAAUGGUAGGAGAUCAUGUGGAUAUUGCUGACUCCUGUGUGGGGAAGCAUCUACAAAUGAGAGAGAUUGGAAUCUCCUGCAGGCCUAAUUUGCAGAGUACAGCUGUGGGUCCAGAACUGCUAAUGAAUAGGUGGCUUGUGAAGGAGAGAGCAGACAUGCGUGACCAAUGCACGGGGAGAUCUACUGAGAUAUGCGACAAGAAUGUGGGCACAGAAAUGAGUGUUUGUGAAACUGGCAUCAACACAGAAGAGUCUGUGGAUAAUUUGAGUCUCUGCAAGACAGAAGCGGAAAUCAAGGAAGUACGGUCGAUAGGUUGUGGAGAUUGUUCAGUGAAUGUGACUGUUUGUCCACCAAAGGAGUGUGUGUCCCGCAGCACAAACACAGAGGUUGUUUGCAAAGUAGAAUCUGCAGUUAUGGCAAUGCCUCAGACAGUUACCCAGCAAACCAGUACAGUAUUAGCAAUGGUGAACCAGUUCACCAGUACAGAAACCGCUUCUCUGAUGGAUUCCAGCACAAACACCAUUUUGAACACUUACGAUAAACAGACUAACACUGUGAGUGUCGAGAUGCGGACUGUAGCAGUGGGAGAUGGUCGGGUAAAGGACAUAAACAUAUCUGCCAAAACUCGUUCUGUUGGAGUGGGAACCUUGCUUUCUAGUGACUCUAGCUUUGACAAGCCAUCUGUGAUAAAGACCAAAGAUUGUGGAGUAGGGCAGAUAAACAUUCAUGAGAACUAUCUUGUUGGUCUUAAAAUGAGAAAUAUUGCGUGUGGUCCCCCCCCAUUGUCUGUUGUGUCAGCCAGUACCAGAAGCAUUGGUGUUGGGGAUGAGCCUGCGUAUGAACCUGUGAGCAUUUUAGUGGAAAGUCCUCUCCCUCCACCUGAAAUGAGGACUGGCUUGGAUCACUACAUUGAGCAAGUACAGAAGCUGCUGCAGGAACAACAGAUGCUGCUAGCUGAAAACUACAGUGAACUGGCAGAAGCUUUUGGAGAACCACACUCGCAAAUUGGGUCUCUGAAUUCUCAGCUCAUAAACACCCUUUCGUCCAUCAACUCUGUCAUGAAAUACGCAAGCACUGAGGAGUUGCGGAACUUAGACAUCCAGAAACAGGGUAUGGACAGAAGUGCUACCCCAGAUGCUAAUCUGGAGUACUUCCCACAUGGUCAGCUUGCUAGUGCAUGCUUGACUUCUAGCCCCCGAACGUUGACAUUUGAACCGGAGGCUGGGACCAUCCAAGAGGAGAAGAUGAUUGCCACAGUAGAAAGAGGAUGGGGAAAGAAAUCCUUGUCUUCUCAAGACAGUGCAAUACCUCCGAUUAAUCUAACAGAUGACCAGCUUGCCUCUGGCCUCUAUGUAUGUGCAAAUAAUGAAAGUACACUUAAGUCCAUCAUGAAGAAAAGGGAUGGGGAAAAGGAUUUGAAUGGUGCAAAGAAGAAUCUGCAAUUUGUCGGUAUAAAUGGAGGGUAUGAAACCACAUCGAGUGACGAGUCUAGUUCAGAAGAGAGUUCCUCCUCAGAGUCAGAUGAUGAGUGUGAAGGCAAUGAGUAUUCCCACCAGGAGGAGAGGUGCAACCGGCAUAAGAUGGAAGGAGGACAUCAUGAGCUUAAUGCUGAAGAUGUUGGGUGUGUUGGGGUGAAUGAAGAGGUGCAGGCUCAAGAGAGUGAGCCUGAAAAGGUUGAAAUCAGAGAGAGGUAUGAAUUAAGUGAAAAGAUGUUGUCUGCAUGUAAUCUACUUAAAAACAACCUAGAUGAUCCCAAAGCCUUAGCCAGCAAAGAUAUGAGAUUUUGUUUAAAUACCAUCCAGCAUGAGUGGUUUCGUGUAUCAAGUCAAAAGUCAGCUGUUCCUGCAAUGGUUGGAGAUUACAUAGCUGCUUUUGAAGAGCUUUCUCCCCCUGUCCUCCGACACAUAAUCAACAUGGCAGAUGGGAAUGGCAACACAGCUCUGCAUUAUAGUGUGUCACACUCUAACUUUGAGAUUGUAAAGCUGCUUUUGGAUGCAAAUGUUUGUAACGUAAAUCAUCAGAACAAGGCUGGCUAUACUCCCAUCAUGCUGGCUGCUCUUGCAGCUGUGGAGGCUGCGAAAGACAUGCAAAUAGUGGAAGAACUCUUCGGCUGUGGGGACGUGAAUGCUAAAGCCAGUCAGGCCGGCCAAACUGCUCUGAUGCUGGCAGUAAGUCAUGGACGGAUAGACAUGGUUAAAGCUCUGCUGGCCUGUGGUGCAGAUGUCAAUAUCCAGGAUGAUGAGGGCUCUACUGCUCUGAUGUGUGCUAGUGAACAUGGACAUGUAGAGAUAGUGAAGCUCUUGCUGGCUCAACUCGGAUGUAAUGGCACCCUGCAGGACAAUGAUGGCAGCACAGCACUUUCGAUAGCCCUGGAAGCUGGACACAAGGACAUAGCAGUUCUUCUUUAUGCUCAUGUAAACUUUUCCAAACCCCAGUCGCCGAGCACACCUAGGCUCAGCAGAAAGACAUCUCCUGGUCCUACCCGCAGAGCCACGUUUGAUUAGUAAUGCACAAAUAUCUGUAAAUCUUAAUGCCAUCUCUAAGCUGCUAAUUGUUACUGUAUUACAGAGACAGAUACUGAAUGUAAUUGUCUUGUGCCUGAACUCACCAGCAAAUUGAAAGCAGAAAAUAGUGCUAAAGGUAGAAGACUAUAAACUUGAAGAAAGCAUACAGUUAGUAGUCUCCUGGUAACAUAGCCUGAACCAUUCUUUUGUCAUCUAUCCAUCAUUGCAGGAUACAGCAUAAAUCCUGUUUCUCUUUGCAGUAGAGUCUGUUCCGUUGCAUUAUGUACAGUUUAGGAAUUUUAAGCUAUCUUCACAGGUUUGAGCGUUUUUCCCCCCCUUGGACAAGUGUCAUAGCCUCCAGGGCACUUUUUAAUUGUUCUUUAAAAUAUUUAUAUUUACUGUACAUGGAGCUGUUGGCAAUUAUUAUUUUCAUAAAUGUCAUUCCAAUAUGAUUUUGAGUUCUUUUUAAUUAUAAAAAUUGCAAUUGCUUAUAUAGUCAGCUUUUUGGAGCUUGGGCUGGUGGGUUGAUGUUUAGAAAUAGAAGAAGGGCUCUCUGUCAGGUCUGAAAUUAGCUAAAUAAAUGAGUUGUCACCAGUUGGAUGUAUUGUAUAACUUUUAUAUUAAAGAUAAUUGUAUCUAUAAAAUUAAAUCGCACAGUAUUUUCAACAUUUUAUAUUCUCUAGUAAUUAAAAACUAUAUGAAGAAUUACAUGUAUUGUUACCAUAUUUUUAUUAACUAUGUGUCAGUGUCCAUAGGAUCCAUACAUAAUGUUUAUCAGAGAAUAAAAUUAGAAGUAUCAGCUAUAUGUUCCUCUCUAACGGAAUUAAGUAGGUCUCAGUGCAUAUUUAUGGAAUGCUAUUACCUUGUCACAUUCACUUUAGUCAUAUGUAUUUAAAUGUUUGAAGUGCCUUAGACUCUUGCCAUAUUUUCAAAUAAAAUUUCAUUAUGCUGUUAUA